AUGUGUCCUGAUGAGAUUCUGUUUAGUAAUGCUACACUGCAGCACUUGAGCAAGAGAAUUCCAAGAACAAAGGAAGAACUCCUGGAGAUCAAUGGCAUUGGAAAGGCCAAGGUCAGCAAGUAUGGAGAUCGGUUGCUGGAAACCAUUGAAUCUACUAUUAGGGAACACCAUAAGGCAGAGAGAAAUAGUAGCAGUAGCAAUGAAAGUACUGAUUCAACGAAGAGGAGAAAUGCAAGUAAGUCUCCAAAUGGAAAUAUGGAAGAGGAUGAUGAAUUCACUAAAAGCACUGGUCGGUCAAAGAAAAGGGCAGCAAUGAGGCAGAGCAAAGGUUCCGAGGUUCCUAAUUCUGUGGAGCCAGAUUACUGCAACCAAUUCCUAGAUGAUGAGCUGGAUUUUGUCCAUUCCUAUCAUGAUAUAGAAACUAAUGGCUCAGAAGUAAAGGCUGAACAGAAUGUUACGGGGAGACUGCUGCCAUCAUGGUAA